UCGACAACGUUUAUUUGAUCCGAAAGACGCUAUCAAUAUGGUUAAAGUGAGUGCUUUCCUGUUCGUAGUGUGCUUUGUGUGGAUGAUGUUUGAUAAAGGCCAUGGCGACGUGCAGAUAUAUAAUCGAGAUAUCGAUGGCGAUAGUCCCAGGAAUAUUUCGGUAAAUAUUCAUGGCUCCAACGGGGGAAAUAUAUGUAUUGAUUGCCAGAACCAAAUACAAGUGGACGCUGGACUGGUGAAUGAAGAUUCUCUGGCAAACCUGCCUGAUAUGCAGCGUUUGCUGGGUCCAAAUUCCGGUAUUCCACCAUUCUAUUUUAUGGACCCACCAAUGAAGCAGUUGGUGAUAUCAGACAAAGCUGAUCCUUUCGCUAGAACUGUGGUACCAGCUAAUGAUGAUUCAGAUGUCCAACAACUAACUUAUGACUAUCCUGACAUUUUAAUUGAUGGAUCUACCCAACUUCCUGAUAUCAAUGAUGUCAAUAUGCCUGCUGAGCUGGUCGGCGAUGCAUCCGAAAUUAUUCCAAUAGAUGCUUCUGGCCAACCUCUCUCCUAAGCCAAACAUUAGGCAUAUAUUUGAAAUAAUUUCCUUUUAUUUGUAUUCUAAUAUCAUUAUCUCACAAAUAUAUGACAACAAAUUGUUUCGCUAAUGUUUA